ACAACAAACAAGUCUAACUAACCGGCUUUGUCCUCAUCUACACACCAGAGUUCAGUUCAUAUCCACAGUUCAACCAGACCUACCCAACACACAAUGGCCACCACCCCAAACGUCGUCCCCGUUCCGGAACCGCGCAUCCGCGAGCAGAACCGCAACGAGGUCCGCUGGGAGCGCCAACUCCACCGCAAGGCCGAACUCGACGUGAACCGGGCCAACCUGGGCGAAAUGCUCCAGGAGGUGGCGGCCAUCGAAAGUGUGACCCCGCAGGAAAUCAAGGGCCUCGCCUCGCGGAUCAAACGACGCAAGCACGCCGACCUGCGAGAUCUGGUCAAGCUGAGCUACGGAUUUCAGCAGAGCGGCGAGAACAUCUCCGAGUUUGUUCGGAUUACGGGGGCGAUCAACGUGGUGGUGAAGGAGCUGACCGGACAUGACUCGGACCGGCAGCUGCUGGCCGCGGAGUGUUUGUGCAAUUUGAGCCUGGGGGAUGAGGUUUGCUGCGAGAAAGUGGCCACGUUCGCGGGGACGUACUUGGUCGCGCUGGUGGAGAACUUGAGCAAUCGGAGGGUGGCGACGACCUGCAUGUGGACCUUGCAGAACAUGAUUUCAUCUGGGACAAAAGCCAUGAAGAUCUUGAACUCGCAAGGAAUCAUUCCCAGUUUGACUCAUCUUUUGGAAGUCCUUGAAAAGGAUGAUCUUCUAGCUGAGAUACUGUUGGCGAUUGAACUUAUUCUAGACCAUGAUCCAGCAUUCAUUAGCCCUGAAACAAUUCACGCCACCAUCCUGCCUCUAACUUCUUCAAAGGAGCCCCAACUGAACAGUCUCAAGGUGGUUUACAAAGCCUUGUGCCUCACCGGAUUUGAAACGCUGGACGUCGAAACAGCACCUCAAAUAGUCAAGCACGUCGUUCAACAGUUGGUUCUUAUUGGAACCGAAAAUGGGGCGGAAGCAAUUCUCUCGAUCCGAAUACUGGCCAAUCUGGUUGCGAUCAACGAAGGUUGUGUGGAUUUUUUGGUAGCUCAGUGUCAGCAGCAUAAUUUUAAGCUAAGUCAGUUGUUUAAUUUGUUUUCUGAGGAUGGUCAAGUAGCAGUUUGUAGGGAAAUUUUGUGGUUAGUGGGUAAUAUGAGUAAGGCGGGCUCUGGUAACGAAUUCAAGAGGUUCGUGCAGUUUGAUAAUUUUGUUGAAUGUGUUAUUAUUCCAAAACCAUUAUUGGUUUGAAUAUUUAAUAAGGAAGUUAGCUGGAAUUGUUGUACUUACAUGAACUUAUGGUUUAUUCAAUUUGGAUUAGAAUAAUAAAUUGAAUUGAUUAUCAUACAAACCGAU